GGCGACAGUAUCAAAAUCGAAUCACAAGUAAAUGCUCAAUACAUACGGCCCAAUCGAGUGAUCUAUGAUAUGCAGUUCGCAUCUCGGGAGGAAGAUCUCCCAGGAGUGCUGGCACGGUCCGAGGGCAACCCACCCCUUAACAUCCAAGGAGACCCAAGUGUCAACCUCUGCUACGACAAUCUUAGAAUUGCUUUCAACUUUCUUCACGAAGUCUUUGGUCGCAAUUCUAUCGAUGGCAGAGGCGGACCACUUAUAGGAAUCGUCAACUUCGGGUUCUUCUUCCCUAAUGCAACUUGGUCCAUCAGCAGAGCAAACAUGCAACAUGUCCCUGUCUUCGGCAAUGGAUGGGACAAUGACCCUUGGAACCAAGGAGCGCCCUUGAAUACAUGGGCCGGCAUGUUUGGAGGCUUUGUUGGCAGUCUUGAAGUUGUCGUCCACGAAAUGAUGCACGGCAUCACACAAACCCAUGCUCAGCUGCAAGCGACAGAGGAGCCGGGAGCCCUCGAUGAGCAUCUAUCGGACGUGUUUGGGAUCAUGGCAGAGCAAUGGCAAAAGAAGCAGACGGUCGAGGAGGCGGACUGGCUCAUCGGCGAGGAUUGUCUGAUUCCAGAGAGAAAGGGAUUCGCAUUGAGGUCAUUCGUCAACCCAGGCACCGCCUACGAGUUUGACAGCGACAAUCUCAACUUCCGAGGCUUCGCCAAAGAUCCACAGAGAGCUCAGUGGUCGGAAAAAUACACCGCCAGUGAGGACAGAUAUGGGGUACACAUCAACUCAGGGAUUCCGAACAAGGCGUUCUGUCUCUUAGCCAAGAAGCUGGGGGGAUACUCUUGGGAGAAAGCAGGUCAAAUAUGGUAUUCGGCGCUGACGAGUAAUGAGGUGCGAAAGGACUGCACUUUUCGAAGAUGGGCCAUGCAUACUGUCGACGCCGCGCGGAAAGACCCAGGUUUCGGCAAUCCUGUGGCCGACAAGGUCUUGGAAGCUUGGAUGGAAGUCGGCCUGAAGCUAAGAUGGUAA